CGCACCAUACAUUCCCUAACAGGUCACUGUUACUGAAAUCUGAAUAGGAAUGUUUCUCAAAUGGAAGGCCUUCGCUUCCUGUCCCGUCACUGCUAUUCAUCCGUUCAUCCUAGUGCUGUUGGGGAUUGCGUACAUCUACGCACCAGCCGCUGCUAUUGUUGCUGUUCCAAGUUCCAACUGUUAUGCAUUCGACAGUGACAGCCACCUUGUUGACUUUACAUACAUGGUCGGGACGGAUUUUGAGUAUAGUGAGAAGGGCUCGAUACCAUCUGAUCUGGUUGUCCGGUUAUGCAAAGAUGUGCAGAGAAGAUCUCAAGCGGGUUUCAUUGACUUUGGCCGCUUUAUCAGUCCUCGCUCUUUUCUAACCGGUUCAAAGCCUUUUGACUACAUUCAGAAGUUUCAGAAUGGAGAUUUAGCAAAAUGCGAAACCACCUUUGAAGAGAUGGGACGCACUGCACAGGUAAACAUUAUAUGUGGACGAUGCUCAAAUGAAGUAUGCAAAGAUGAAAAUGGAUGCAUUUGCAGUGUAUCCUAUGAUGAAACGAUGUGCAGGGUGGUUGCUGAACUUGCUAUUCCUUGUACUAAAAGUGGCCCAAGAGUUUUUAAGGGUUUCACUGUGGGUUUCCACCCUCGAUCAUCAGAAGUGGUUUACAAUGGAUUGACUCAGCUGGGAUUCGAACAACCUCAUCAUGGAUUUAGUUUUCCUAGUGAGCAGAUUCACGUAUCCCUAUAUCUUAGCGCCAUCUCUUCCCUUUCAGUCCUUGUUGGACAACCUACCUUCAGGGUUAAUCCGACAAAAGGGCUUGGUGUUAUGCUAACAGGAUCAGGGGCCAAUGGUGCCAAGCCUACUGUCCUGUCUCCUACAGUUCUGAAUGUCAAUUGGAUAUGUGAAAUCAUUCGAAGCAGUCCAUAUGAGGUCAACGUUUCAAUCCCAGUAGCGGGCUAUGAUCCAAUCGAAUUCACACUUACGAAAGAAUGCGGUUACAUACAAGAAAGAGACAGUGAUUCUAUGAGCGGCUGGGCAACAUUUGGAAUUAUUUCUUGCAUAUUCAUUGUCUUGUCCAGUCUACUUUGCUGUGGCGGUUUCAUCUACAAAACUCAUGUGGAGAAUCAGUAUGGUUUACAUGCACUGCCUGGGAUGAACACUGUGUCUGCCUUUUUGGAUGUUGUUGGAAGACCAAGAAGUGGAAAUCAUGCAAGCCAAGCAUCAUGGGAAAACACUUCUGCUACUACACCAGCAGCGCAGAGGACAAAUGAUAGAAAAUAUGGGACAAUAUGAGCUAUGCUUAGUUUUGUGGAUUUUAUCAAGUAGGUUUGCAUUCUGUACUCAUUUAACAUAGGCUUUGUUUAAUCCCAAUACCUGUGUAUAUAAUUGUAUCUAGCAUCAGCUCCAAGUUUAUUUCCCCUUC